AUGGUUACCUUAAAAACGCAAUUGUCAAAACUCAAAUAAAAAUUGACAUAAAUUCAUAAUUUGACUUCGAAGUUCGAAUGCAAUUUUAAAUAUUUUUUACACAUCUAGUCAUGUAUUUGACCAAUGUCAAAACACAAUGAAAAAAGUUAUCGUAUCGAAAAAAGUUUGCUGUACUACAGACGAAAAAAGCUUUUCUACAGGAGUCAUUAAACGCAGCAACAGUUCCCAAGUGAGUGCGGGCAAGAAAACCGCCAAAUCUGAUGUAAUUUUUGGCCCGAAAGUGCUACAUACUGCAACAUUGGAUUACUGUAAAAAGUGUGGUGAUGUUCCUUCUAAAACUAAAUUUGGUGUGAAUGACAUUCAUCAUAUCCAAAGUUUAUCCAAACAUAGCUCUUUAUACAACAUCUCAGUUGGACAUACAAGUAGCAGUAAAUCUUUAAUCAAAAAUAAUAAACCAAAUAACUGUGAAAUUAAACCAUUACAACAAUAUUAUAGAAAUGACAAAUUUUAUCAAUCAACUGACUCAUUUAAUGCCAAUGAUAACAUUAAAAAAAAUUCUCGAGCAUCACUUCACACUAUAGACGAAAAUUCUGAAAAUGUAUCUAGCAGAAAUCCAAAUAUAUUUCAAUUAUACCCAGAGAAUUAUGAAGAAGAAAUAGGUUUCAUGGAUCCAGAAGAUCCAGAAAAUGUUGAGAGAUUAAAAUUAUUCAGGAGAAAUAAUUAUUUUGAAUGCCACUCUGUAAAAUCUAGGAUUAACUCGAAUAUUAGUUUGAAAAACCAUAAAUGUGUUUAUAGAUUCUAUUUAAAUGACAGACUAUUCCCUGUUCCUUUAAAUACAGACUAUCAAGAGACUAUUCGAUGUAUUGAAUGUCAAUUGCCAUUGGACAAGAACUGUGAAAACUCAAUCAUAAAUGGUACAGUUCAAGCCAAAGUGAAAUUGAACGGGCAGGUACAAGAUAUGAUGUUGAUGUUGCCAGUCAAAAACUCCCUAAUAGUAAAAGAGAGGAGGAAAGUGUUGCCAGUAAAAAAUGAUUAUGAUUCCAUAUACUUUGGUAUAAUUAAACUGGACUUAAAGGGUGACUCUAAAUUCAAUAGGAAUUUGCCAAGUGAUUCCUUAGCAUUGAGAUAUCAGAAAGGGUAUAAAGAAUUGAGUGUAAACAAAAAGUAUGAAUAUGAUAGUGUUGGAAAAGAUGAUAUUAUUAUCAUAUAGCUAGGAUGUUAUCUUGCCUGCCAACCUGUAUGCAGCAUGGUGGGUCUUAUCCAUAUCCCCUCCUACAAUGAGCGAGACCUGGCCCUGUACUGGGCUGUUAAAAUAUUAUUAAUGUUAAGAAUGUUUUUUUUUAUUCUUUGCAAGUUAGCCCUUGACUACAAUCUCACCUGAUGAUAAGUGAUGAUGUAAUCUGAGAUGGAAGCGAGCUAACUUGUAUGGAGGAGGAUGAAAAUCCACACCCGCUUCAGUUUCUUGUAAAUCCAGUAAAAUAAAAUAAAACUGUACCACCAAGGCCAAAUGUUGUCUGUAAUUAUCUGGAAUUAUUAUAGAAGAAAGGAUCUUUGUAUUUUCCUGAGAUACCUUUUAAUGUGAACACCUAUAAUGAUAUUGGUUUAGGAAGCUGCUUUCAAAAUAUGAAAGCUAAGUAGUGAUAUAGUGUGGUUUUAAUAGAAGAAAUAUUUAUUUAUGUAUCACUCAAUGAAGUUGAGAAGUAUUUUUUGAAUAUAUUGCAAAUAUUUGCAAUCUCUUAACACUACCUCAUUCACAUGUCUUUUGUUAUUAUUAACUAUAUUGUGAAAUUAUAUUUAUAUAAUUAGGUUUAUGGCCCCUUACUAAACAACCCUGUUGAUAUUAGUGUAAAUUGGAAUAUCAUUGUGAUACUGCCAUAAUAUUCUGAUUACUUAGUUAUUAUAUUAUUUAAAUUGACUGAAUUAAAUAUAAGUUAUUUUAACAAAUGUGA